GUUCAGGACACAGAGCCUGCUUGUCCUCACUGGGACCACUUCUCUCCACCUGCAUCGCUGCCUGGCUGAGAUUCAGAUGAGCAACCAGGAGGUGACUUACGCAACGGUGAGAUUUCUACAGUCUUCUUCAGAAAUACAGAACAGAGUAAGAUCCGGUGAUACUGAAGGACCCAGAGAAGCUGACCACAAAGAGUGCACAGUGCCCUGGCAUCGUGUCACCGUGGCUCUCGGGGUCCUUAGUUUACUUCUGCUGAUGGCAGUUGUAGUAGUGUUUGUGACACAGAAUCAAGAACAAAAUAAACUUCAAAAAAACCUGGAAAACGUCAGUGAAAAGUAUCUCAACUUGCAAUAUGAUAUGAACUUAAAGGAAAAAAUGUUGAAAAAUAAGUCUAAAGAGUAUGAGAACCUCAAAAACCUAACAGAAAGGAAGAUAUGUCAUGGGAACAAUAAGAUCAUUUUAAACUGUUUAAAGUCUACAGGCAAACACGUUGAAGGACAUUGGUUCUGUUGUGGCACAAAAUGUUAUUAUGUUAUCAUGGGCAGUAAAUCGUGGAAUGGAUGUAGGCAGACUUGCCACAAAUACAGUUUAUCCCUUUUGAAAAUCGAUGACAGUGAUGAACAGGACCGCCUUCGAUCCCAGGUAAAUGGAAACAGUUACUGGAUAGGAUUAUCAUAUGAUAAACAGGAGAAGAAAUGGAACUGGAUUGACGGUGGCUCAUCUAACCU